CCUUAAAAUUAUUAUUGAAUAUUUAUAUCAUUAGCAUCAGCUAUCCAUUACAGCCUGUGAGCAAAUUUGCAAAAAUAUGAAGAUUGUAUAUUACCUUAAAUCACUAUGACCGAAAAAUCCAGCAUUUUCAAUGAUUUUGAUGAAUUUAAUGCAGUAGUGGGCACAUUGGAAGAUGAGGCAGAGGAAACAAUAUAUCCGGAAAUCGACUUCGAAAAUGACAAACUUACUCAGAAAGAAUCACGAUCUACUAUUUAUAAUAAUUCUGUCCUUCAUAAUCAGAUAAUUUUGAAUGAUGAAAACAAAAUUGUGCUCACAAUACCUGAAUCAAAUUAUGAAGAUCAAAUGAUAUUGAUAGAAACUGAUAUAGAUCAGUUAGAUAAUAACGAAAAUACUAUGCUAUCACAGCAACAAUUACAAAACUUUAUUGGUACAUCAGAUAAUACAUUCUUAUCUUUGCAACCUGAGGAAAAUCAAAUAAUGAUGAAUAAUGAUUCUAUAUCAAUGUUGAUAAUGGAGAAUUCUAAUCAGAUCCCAACUAUAUUUCCUAAACAUAGUGUUAAGAAUCUUAAAAUAAACAAGAAAUCUAAAAAAAAUAAAAUGCUUGAUCAAAAUAUUGAAUCAAAUAUUCAAAAAAUUAGUAAUUCUGAAAUGAAUAGUACUGUUUUUGAUCCUAGAAUGUUUUUUCAAGGUAAAACAAUUAUACAAAGAAAAAAAAAGAAGCAUAUAGAGAAUAUUAGCACAAAUAAAAGGAAAUAUAAUGAUAUAUCAACUUCAUAUUUGGAAAGAUCAUUAAAUUUUUUAGAAAAAUGUAAAGUAAAAAACACCAAAAAAUUAUGUUUUAAAUUAAAAAGAAUUGUUAGAAAUGACAAAUGGAUAUAUAAACAAGGAUUUAAACAAUUAAAAGAUAUUCUAGAUAUAAGAGAAUGUUCAUUCACACCUUUACAAAUGAAAUUUCUUAGAUAUCCAUCAAUAGAAAAUUUAGCACAGAUAUUUCAACCAAUUGUAAGUCUUAAACAUAUGCCUGAUGUUGAAAUCACAAAAAUUUUAAAAAUUGAUGAUUUAAAAGUUCACAGUAAGCAAAUAUCGCAUAAUUUUGAUAUGGGCAAAACAAAGGCUAAAAGGGAACCCCAGUUUUUGAACAGAACAUUCACUUCUAAAAUUGAUAAAAUAAAUCAUAAAAAUAAAAUCAUAUCCAAGAUUUUCUGCCGUGAAUUGACUAAGAAAUCAGGACUAACAGCUAAUGAGGUUUAUAAAGAUAAAGAUAUUGAAGUCACUAUUAAUGUCAAAGAAGAAAAAUUACUUAAAGACAAAGGGAAUAAUGAUUUAUAUGAAAAAUUAGUCUUACCAUGCAGCCCUCAAAUUAUACAGCCUGAAGUGGAUCUGGAAAGUAAACCUGACACUGUUCAAAUGAGUAUAGAGUAUAGCAUUUUAAGCAAUAUAAAAAAUAAUAUUAACAAUGAUGUUACAAUAAUAGAUACUAUUGUUAAAAGUGAAGGUGAUGUGACAAAAAAAUUAAAUGAAUCUCUAGCACUAUCUAAUUUAAAGAAACGAGUUGAAAAAUUGAAAAUGAUGAGUAAUGAGAGCUCAAAAAUCCCUUUAAUUCUUUCGCCUACAAAAAUUGAAAAUAACAAACUGAUUGCUGCUAAUUUAAAUACAUUAAAGGAAGAGAUUGAAAUUAAAUCAAUUAAAAUCAAGUCAGAGCCACAACAUAGUACUGAAACUGAGAGAAGCGAUUCCGUUACAAGCUUCAAGAAAAAAGAAAUCGACGCCAAAAUAGCCCCCAUUCAUGAGAUCAAGCAAACGUUACCAUUCGAAUCUAUUUCCUCUUCGUUAUCCCGAAAAAAGCAACGGGUGGCCACCCAUUUUACCCCUGAACCAUCUACAGUACCCCUUGUUUCCCCUGCCAAAAAUAAUAAUAAAAGUCUUCACGAGCCUGAUCAGUCUCGAAUCCCUCAGUCGCCAACGCAACAUUUAGACCAUGCUGUCAUCGAGAGACUGGCCCAAUGUUUGAAGGAAAGGAUAAUCAAUAUUCUGGACCCGAGUUACGCGGAAAACAAUGGUUUGACAAGGGAUGGCGUGCGGAAGAGAUGCCAUAAUUUGGCUAAGCAAAUUGAAGUUUCCGUCAAAUGCAGCUCUCGAGCUCCCAGCCAAUGCAAGGCCAAGCAACGGGCUUUGGAGUACAAUUUGGCUGAUCCCAAAAAUAAGAUUUUCUUCAAAGUGUUAUCUGGUGAGAUAUCACCCGCCGACUUAGUUAAAAUGACCCAAGAAGAAAUAUCCGUUUACCGAGCCGCUUCCUACUCCGUCACACCCAAUAAACUUUUACAUAUUCUAAGCUCUUCUUCCAGGCACAAUCGAAAAGAAAAUUUUAAAAUUCCUCACCUCACAAAGUUCCCUUCAUCGCGCAAACCACAAUCAGCGAGCGAUGCAAAUCUACCGCCGUCAUCUACGUCUACCACAUUACUUAGCCUAAUUCACCCUGCCUAUUUUACCGGCACUCUAAUAUCAUCUACUCCUACAAAAGAUAAUAAAAAUUACUCAUUGUCGUAUCAUACCUCUUCAUCUACCUUUAAAAAAUCGGAUGAAAACAACAGCUUUAUCAACGGUGUUGUUACUGGUAGUACUAAUAUAAUAAAAACUAAUUACCUAACACAUAAGGAGGAGCAAGCAUCUAUAGUAGCCGAUAGUCGUAGAUUAGCAGAUCCUCGCCUCAAAAAAAUUAUUAAUCCCCAACACCCUUUACCCAAGUCUAGCACUAACUACACAAACGCUAGAAAUUUAAACCAAUCCUUCGUCACUAAAAAUCCGAAUUCUUCUAAAGAUUUAAACCAAUCCCCUAGCACUAAAAUUUUGAAUUCCUCUAGAAAUUUAAAUCAAUCCUCUGCCGAUAGAAACUUGAAUUCCUUUAGAAAUUUAAGCCAAUCCUUCCCUACCAACCCCUCGAAUUCGACUAUAAAUUCAAACCUACCACCAAUCUUCAAGGCAAGACCACCUGACCCCGAACCUGUGAAUAUUAAUGGCACAUUAUUCUUUCCCGAUUUGAGUAACACUGGUUUUCCUAAUCGUAUAUCGCGCGUAUCGGUAACCCAUUUGAAAACGGGGGGCGAAAUCUUAACACUCGAACUACUGAGCAGUUUGUUUGAUGGCGAAAUCGAAAACCUUGAAGGGAAAGGGGAAAAUAAGGUUAUAGGGUCCGAUGCUGAAGAUAAAGAAAAAAAGAAAGAAAGAGAAAGAGUGUCCAUAAAUUUAGGGACGAUAAUGGCUGAUAUUGCAUGGGAUAGAUCUAAAGAUCACCUCAGGGCAGCGGAUAAGAGAUCGGGCGACACUCCACGGAUUGAAAUGGACAUUUUACAAAUUAACCCAUUACCAAACCUACUCCAUCAAAUCUCUUCCAACGAGUACCUUGACAUUUCCCAUUUCCGACAAAUGAUUACCAAUCUCAACCAAACUAAAUGUUGCUUGAGUUUGAGUAGCGAUAAUUUAACCGUUUGCAACACCAAAAUUUGGUCUCGAUUUAGAACGGUUCUUAAGGAUUUUUUUGUGAUACCCUUCAACAAAGAAACCGAUAUUAUACACCCUUUGCUGCAGUUUAGAUACGCGAAUCUUAUCGAAAGGAUAAAAUUUGAUGGUAAUGCUGAAUAUCCUUGUACUCUCCUUGGUAUUUUAGUAACCCAAACAGUAGAUCCUCUUCCCGAAAUAGAAAAAGCUUAUGAACCUAUAGAUUCAGAUUCACUACAAAAUAUAGCUUUACCUCCACCAAUGCCUAAUUUACCAACUUCUCAUAUAUCUUCCAAAAAGCAUGGCUGUAAGCCUGCUCAGACCCCCUGUGAAUCAGGCUAUAUAACAGGGAAAAUAGAUAAAGUGGAAUUGAUGGUGGACAAUUCAUCUCUCAAAGAAGUAUUCCAUUUUUUAGAAGACUUACCACACGGAGACGUUGAUUAUCGCUAUUUAGAUAGAAUAAAACCUUCCGACAUCCGGGCAAAAAAAACACUGCCGCCUAAGAAGCGCGAAGAUCAACAACUUGUUAAGGAACAACCAUUAGAAUCAAAAAAUACGAAAAAAACUCAAGAAAAAGUUGCUGAUGUGCCUAAAAAUGUGGUCACGAAAACUCUGGAAGAUAAUGGCGUUCCCAAUUUUGAUGAACUACUAUUCAAAGUUGCCAUUAGCUUAAAAACUAUUGAAGAAAAGGAAUUAGAAACUCAGAAUAAACCCAAGAUUGAAGAUGAAAAAUUAAUUAAAACCACCGAGAUUAGUACGCUACCAACGCCAUUGCAGAAUAUUAUAAGCUUGCUACAACCUCAAAAUAAAACCGUUUUACCUUAAUUAUUUGAUAAAUAGUUUAAUUACAAUAUGAUAUUUUUGUACAGAAUGUUUUUUUAAUUAAAUAUUUUGUAUUAUAAUUAUAUAUUAUAUCGUAAUUUUAAAAAAAAUUAUUUUUCUUUAUCGAAUACAAUUAUAUAUAUAUAUAUAAAGUGUCUAAUAUACUUUUAAUUUUAUAUUUAAUGGAGUCAAUUAGGA